AUGAAUAAUGUUGAUACUUCUCCUGAAAAUACAUUGGCCGAUUUACAUUCUUCUGAUCUCCAUCGAAUAAAAAAAGAGAAAACAGUCGAUGAGUAUGAAAAAAUGUUAUGGAAUACAUUAUUUAUUUCAAUAUUUUAUACAAUAAUUGUAAUGACUAUUGCUAUAUUAAUCGUAUGUUUAGUCCGACCGAAACAAAAUGUAAUAUGUCAAUCAAAUUUUAUAACAUUAAUCGAUGAUAAUUCUAUUCAAUAUAAUUCCAGACCUCAUGCAAUUGCAACAGGUGAUCUUAAUCAAGAUUCAUAUCCUGACCUUGUAGUUGCAAAUUCUGGUACAAAUACAAUUGGAAUAUUUCUUAACGAUGCUAAAGGAAAUUUUCUGUCACAAAUAAUAUUUAAGACAGGCAAUAAUUCUCGACCAUUUUCAGUUAUUGUUGAUGAUUUUAAUAAUAAUACAUAUUUAGAUAUUGCUGUAACUAAUUAUAAUACUCAUAAUAUUGGUAUUUAUUUAGAUUAUAGAAAUGAUACAUUUGCAAAACAAAUAACAGUUUCAACUGAUAUUUAUCGUCCAAUUCUAUUAACUACUGGUGAUUUAAAUAAUGAUAAAUAUUUAGAUAUAAUUGUUGUUUAUAAUGGCACUGAUAAUAUUGGAAUAUUUUAUGGUUAUGGUAAUGGAUCAUUUCAAAAUCAAAUUAUUUAUUCAACUGGUUAUAAUUCUCAUCCUUGUUCUGUUGUUAUUGCUGAUUUAAAUAAAGAUAAUAAUUAUGAUAUUGUUGUUGUUAAUUCUGGUACAAAUAAUUUUGAGAUUUUUUUUGGUUCUAAUAAUGGAUCAUUUGAAAAUGAAAUUAUUUAUUCGACUGGUUUAUUAUCAAAACCUUCGUCAAUUUCAAUAAAUGAUUUAAAUCAAGAUGAAUAUUUAGAUAUAAUUAUUGUUAAUUCUGGAACAAAUAAUAUCUAUAUUUUUAUAGGUUAUGAAAAUGGAAAAUUUUUAUUAGAAAAUAUUUAUUCAUUAUCUUCUCAAUUAAAUUCACAGUCAAUUGGAAUUGGUGAUUUUAAUCAAGAUAAUCAGUUAGAUAUUGUUAUUUCAAAUUAUGAUUCAAAUAAUAUUUUUAUUUUAAUUGGCUUUGGUAAUGGAAGUUUUUCUUCACCUUCCAUAUUUUCAACUGGAAUUAUUUCACAUCCUUUUCAAAUUACUAUUAAUGAUUUUAAUAAAAAUAAUCAAUCUGAUAUUGCUAUUGUUAAUUUCAAUACAGAUAAUAUUUUUAUUUUUAUUGAUUAUUAUUUAGUGCAAUCAUUAACUCCUCAAUUAUAUUCAUCUGGAAAUACUUCAUAUCUUCGACAAUUAGCUAAAGGAGAUUUCAAUAAUGAUUCGAUUAUAGAUCUUGUUGCUGUUGAUUCUGCUACAGAUAAAAUUCAUUUAUUUUUUGGUUAUAAAAAUGGAACUUUUCAAGAGAAAAUCGAAUAUUCAACUGGAAAUCGUUCUCAUCCAAUUGCAGUUACUGUAACUGAUAUUGAUAAUGAUCACUAUUUAGAUAUUCUUGUUGGAAAUGCUUAUUCAGAAUCUGUUGGAAUAUUUUAUGGAUUUGGUAAUGGAAAUUUUUCUUCAUUAAGAACUUAUUUUACUGGUGAAUUAUCAUCAGUUGCAUGGAUUACAGUUGAUGAUUGUAAUAAUGAUCAUUAUCUUGAUAUUUUCUAUGCUGAUCGUUAUACUGACAGUAUUGGCGUUCUUUUAGGAGAAGGAAAUAGAACUUUUUCGAAUCCAGUUAGAUAUUUUUGUGAACUCGGUUCACGUCCAUUAUCAGUUGCUACAGGAGACUUUAAUAAUGAUGGUCAUGUUGAUAUCGCUACGGCUUGCUAUGGUAGUGAUAAUGUAAUUAUGUUUUUAGGAUUUGGUAAUGGUACUUUUACAUUAUUUAGUAUUUUUCCAGUUGGAGAUGGUUCUUUUCCUAACAUGCUUACUGUUGCUGAUUUAAACAAAGACAAUAAUUUAGAUGUUGUCGUCGGUAAUUCUAAUAAAAAUUAUUUUGAUAUAUUUUAUGGUUUUGGUAAUGGUAGUCUCGAUAAACCAUUCAUUUAUUCAACAGGUGUCAAUUCACUACCACUUUGCGUGUAUAUUGCUGAUUUAAAUAAUGAUGAUUCACUUGAUCUUGUUGUUGCUAAUUCGAAUAAUAACAAUAUUGGUGUAUUUCUUGGAAAUAGUUCAAAAUAUUUUGGUAAUCAAACUAUUUAUAAUAGUGGAUAUAAUUCCAUUCCAUAUUCAAUUGUCGUCGAUGAUUUUAAUGAAGAUAAUCGACCAGAUAUUGCUGUUAUGAAUACUGGUACGAGUGAUAUUGCCAUAUUACUUGGACAUCCAACUGAAGAUUCUACAAAUCAAAUAAAUAAGACAAUGUAUAAUAAUGAAAGUAAAACUGCAAAUGAUGUACCCAUAUUAUUAGGAGAUUAUUAUCCAAAUUUUUAUAGUUUAAAAAAUUAUUCAACUGGUUCUAGUUCUGAUCCUCUUUCACUUGGUGUUGGUGAUUUAAAUAAUGAUAAACAAAUGGAUAUUAUUGUUGCCAAUUCAGGAAAUGCUAAUCUUGGAAUACUUUAUGGAUAUAAUAAUGGAAGUUUUAGAAAUGCAGUCACUUUUCCACUUUACAGUGGCGCCAAUCCACAAAAUAUCAUUGUUGAUGAUUUUAAUAAAGAUGAUCUACUUGAUGUUGCUGUUACUGAUCCAAUCAAUAAUUGUAUUAUUGUACUUUUAGGACGUGGCAAUGAAACAUUUUCAACAGAAUUGAUAUAUUCAACUGGAUCAGAUUCGAUUCCCAUUGAUCUUUAUAUUUAUGAUCUUAACAAUGAUAAUUAUUUAGACUUAGUUGUCGCUAAUAUGGGAACAAAUACAAUUGGUGUAUUUUAUGGAUUUGAUUAUAUAUUAUUUGUAGAACAAGGUUCGUAUGAAACUGGUGAUGGUUCAAAUCCAAUAUCAGUAGUUCUUGGUGAUUUUAACAAUGAUGGUCACACUGAUAUUGUAGUCGCAUUCUAUGGUACUAAUAAUGUAGGGAUUUUAUUAGGUUAUGGAAAUGGUACAUUUACAUCAAUGAUACCAUUUGGAUAUGUUCCUAUAGCACAUGCUUGGGUACUCGAUGUCGGUGAUUUUAAUAAUGAUAGCAAUUUGGAUAUUACCAUAGCAAAUUGGGCCAUUAAUAGCAUUAGUGUCAUAUUAGGAUGUGGGAAUGGUAGCUUCAAAGAUCCUGUCUCGUAUUCAACUGGUUCUAACAGUCAUCCACAAGCCGUUGCUGUUAAUCAUAUUGAUAAUGAUAAUUUUCUCGAUAUUGUUACAAGUAAUUAUGGUAGUAAUACUGUCUCCGUCUUUCUAGGAUAUGGAAACGGUACUUUUCCAGAUGCUAUAACAUUAAUAACUGGAGAUGGCGCAGGUACAAAUUUCAUUGCCAUAGCUGAUAUUAGUAAUGAUAGUUGGAACGAUAUAAUUGUUGCAAAUUAUGGAAGUAAUAAUGUGGGUGUUUUUUUGGGAUAUGGAAAUGGAAGUUUUUCAACACAAAUGACCUUUUCAACUGGUACUAGUACUGCUCCAUGGUCAGUAGCCGUUGGUGAUUUCGAUCGAGAUGGUCGACUAGAUGUUGCUACUGCAAAUUAUGCAAGCAAUAAUGUUGGUGUGUUAUAUGGGUAUGGUAAUGGUACGUUCGGAAAUUUAAAGACAUUUUCAACUGGUUUUAAUUCUUUGCCAACAUUUGUCGACGUUGGAGAUUUCAAUAAUGAUAAUAUAUUGGAUAUUGCCGUAAGUGGUUUAAAUCUUGAUCAAGUUGGAAUUCUCUUUGGUUACGAUGAUGGAAAUUUCGCUAGUAUUCAUCCAAUUCCUCAAAAACCAGGUUCUUUUUCAUAUAGUCUUGCUAUUGGAGAUUUUAAUGAAGAUAAUCGUCUAGAUUUUGCUUAUGCUGAUUAUAGUAACAACAAUAUUACAAUUUUUCUUGCUUCUGAUAAAAUACCAUUUGGUGGACAAACAACAUAUUUCGUGGGUGAAAACUCUAGUCCUGCAUCCAUAUCUGUUGAUUACUUCAAUGAUGAUAAUUAUCUCGAUAUUGCUGUUGUUAAUUCGAAUACUGAUAAUUUAGGUAUACUUUUUGGAUAUGGAAAUAGAAGUUUUUCAAAUAUAACAACUUAUUCGACUGGUCUUGGAUCCAACCCAACGUCAAUAGCUAUUGGUGAUUUUAAUAAUGAUUCUCGAACUGAUAUUGUUGUUGCAAAUAGUGAAACUAAUGAUAUAAUUGUGUUCACUGGAAGUGUUAAUGGAAGUUUUUCAAGUUCAACACCUUAUUUAAUGCAAAGUGGUUCUCAACCUGAAUCAAUUGUUGCCAGUGAUUUUAAUAACGAUAAUCAAUUGGAUAUUGUCGUUGCUAAUUUUGGUACAAACAAUAUUUGUGUUUUAUUCGGUAAUGGAAAUAGUACUUUCAUAAAUCAAAAAUGUUUUUCAUUGAAAUAUGAUUCUCGACCAACAUGCGUUAUUCUUAAAGAUUUGAAUAAUGAUAAUCGAGAUGAUAUCGCUGUGACAUUAUAUGGUGCAAACAAUGUAAUUAGUGAACAACCCCUGACGUUGUCAUAUUUGCAUAAUGGUAUUUCUCUAGUUACGUCAGAUGGUUUCUGUAAGUUUUGGUCUGCUCAAGAUUUUAUCCUAGGUGGUAUUAUUCUCAUGCUCAUGACGUAUAGUUCGAGUGAACGUUAUUUAUUGAUUUUUCAUCGUCCAUUCAUUCUUCGUCAUUUCAUUAUCCUUCAUUAUUUACCAAUAAUCAUCUGCAUUCUGUAUCCAUUUAUUUUCUAUAUUGGUAUUAUUUAUAUUUAUCCAUGUAUCACUUAUUUUGAUUAUACUGUUAAUCUCUGUGGAGGACCAUGUUAUGUAUUCGAUAUUAUACCAAGCACUUUUGAUUUACUUUUUAAUAUUACUGUAUUUGAAACUAUAGCUCUUUUAGGUAAUAUUGUAUUGCCAAUGUUGGUAGAUCUUACUUAUGAUGUUCUUCAAUAUGGCGUUUAUAUGGUUCAUUUACUCUGUCCAUUUGUAUCGUUGAUUGGUUUACCAGAAUUGUGGCCACGAUCCUUCGUACGCUUCUUGAGACGUCUUUUAAAUAAUAACGAAGUGCAACCGACUAUUCAUAUACCACUUAAUACAGACACUCGAGCACUUCAACGAUUAAGAACAAAUUACACAAGAUGA